CCCGCCUUUGCGGAAGUCGACCCGCCGGAAGUACCGCCCCACGCGGGGAGGCUGCGCUCUAGGACUCUCUGGACGGGGCUAAGGAAGUUCUAGCAGGGUGGCGCGGGUAUGUGGAGUUGUCCGGUUUGUUCCGCCCAUAAUGCCUGGAGUCUUUCGUUUCUGUGCUCUGCUCUGGGUUCCUCAUGCGGAAGAACGCGCCUGUUGGCCCGUGGCGGUCCGAGUCUGCCUAACUUCACCCGGAGCGGCGUGUCGCCCGCCGUGGACGUCACACAGGGCGCGGCGGCUGCCGAGAUCCCAGCGGUUCACUCAGCUCGCAGCGGGAAGGGGAAGGCGAACGCGCCCCCCUCCCUCCACGCCUGUGCUGGACGACGAAGACGGUUCCUUAGUAUGGGCCCGACAAACUAUGGAUCAUGGAAAGACCUUCUAUCAUUCAGCUAUUAAAAUCGAGGACUCUCAAAAGUUUUGUUCAUCAUCCCUGGCAACGCAAAAGAAAAAAUAAGUUGUGUUCAUCACCUUCAGUUCCUGUACAUUUGGAAGUGGAUGUUUCUCAUGAAAAUUUAGAAAGCGUGUCUGAACUGGACGCCAUACAUGUCAGUGGUCUUUCUCAAGAUUUAAGUCACUCAGAUUUGCCCUCCUGCACGGAAAGCAGCCCUGCUUCAUUUUUCCCUCAGAAUGAAACAGAGACUGUGAAAAGGGGAUAUGAGUACACACCCACACUUUCUGAGGAUAUGUGUAGCACACAAGACAAUGUGUUAGAUGAUACUGACAUUGGAAGUCACCCCAAAAAUAUACAGAUCCAGCCAUUUAACACCAGAAUUUCUUCCUUGAGACAUUCUGAGCCCAUUUGCAAGUUUCACUGGAUAGAAGCAUUCAAUGAUGAAAUGAUGUGUCAAAAUCCAGCAGAAGGCUUUUCUUACACAGAGAGGCCAGAAUUGCAAAGUCCUGUGUAUACUUAUACAAAAGACAGUAAUGUAACAAAAGAUCUACUUAAAGAAGAAAAUUCAAUGGAAACUAGCAUUUCUACAACUAAAGACCAACUUCCUCUUAAGUGUGUCACACAAUCAUCUAGAAGUCCAAGCCACGGCAAUGAAGAGACCCUGCCACUUACAGAAAAGCUGUCGGCUACGCAUAGUGCCAUGGGAUCUAUCCUCAAGCCUAGUCAGCCUCAAAACUUUUUGUAUAAAACAAGCGUCUCCAGAAAUGCUGAAGACCCAUCUUAUAGUGAGAAUAGCUUUACCCUGCAUGGUCUGGGAGUUAAUUGUAAAACAGAGAAGACUGAAUUUUCUUCAAAAGAAGUUCAAAUUUCUGAGGAUAUUUCUGAGGUGUCAGUCAGUCACCAGGAGGAAGUCCUGGUGGAAGGUUUGGAAAGCCCAAGGACUGGCUCAAUUUGGUCCCCAGCGGGUGUCUCCAGGAGUGUUGAGGCCUCUCAAGAGACCUGUGUGGCACUGGACUUGGAGCAAAGCUCUGAAAACUCACAGCCUCUACAAGAGGACAUGGCUUUAAAUGAAGUCUUACAGAUAUUGCAACAUACAAAUAGAGAGCAGCAAAUGCAAAUCCAAGACCUUCAGUGUAGCAACCUGUGUUUACAGAAGAAGAACAAAGAGCUACAGAUGAAGAUUGUCAAACAGCCAGUGUCCUUGGACAUCAUUAGUAAGCUAGAGAAGAAUAUGGAAGAAUUAAUUGAGGAAAAAUAUAACAUGAAGCUAGAGAAGAGUGACAUUAAUAGGAAAUUGCAGAAUUUGCAAGAGAUUUUAGCUAUCACUGAAAAGCAUCUUCAGGAAUCCAGGAAAGAGAAGGAAACCUUACAGCUCCAAGUUGAAAAAGUCAAGACCAAUUAUACUCAUUUACAGGAAAGGUACAUUACUGAAGUUCAACAGAAGAAUAGGUCUGUAAGCCAGUGUAUAGAAAUGGAUAGAAGCUUGAGUGAGAAAGAAGGAGAAGUAGAAAGACUGCAGCAACUCAAAGGAGAGCUGGAGAGGGCCACCACUUCUGCUCUGGACUUGUUGCAAAGAGAAAAAGAGACCCGACAGCAAGAGUUCUUAGCUUUACAGGAGGAGUUCCAGAAACAUGAAAAGGAAAACCUGAAGGAGAGACAGAAAUUGAAAUUGAGAAAUGAGAAAUUGAUCACUCAAGUUAAAAAUUUGCUGUUCGUCUGUGAAAAUGAAAAGGCUAAGAAUAUAAAACUCCAGCUGCAGAUCAACGAGGUAAAAAAUGAAAGCACACAACUUCAAGAGCAGGUCAUGAGGCGUAAGGAGCAGAAUUGUGUCCUGAAAGCUGAGACUGCUCAGUUGCAAGAGCAAUUAGAGGAAGGAAUGGAGCCAGAUAUUGCCAAGGACAGCACUAUUUCUGAUGCUGAACACUUCAAAGAAAGUGAGAAAGUGAGAGAAACGAUGCUACAAAAAUUGAAGAGCCUUCAUCUUAAAAAGAAAGAUUUCGACAAAGAGCUACUGAAACAUAACGACAGAAUCAUAACUUUUAGAGAGCUAAUUGCCAGUGAAAAAGCGUUUCAAGAUCACUUCACUGAGAUGACCGAUUUUGAUGCCGAUGAAGCCAAAAAUGUGAAAGAUGUACCUAUCUUAUUGGGAGCCAAGCUGGAUGAGUACCACAAUCUAAAUGAAGAGCUGGAUUCUGUGAUCAAAAAACUGGGAAGUCUUGUAGAGUCCAAAGAAGACCACUGCAACAAGCUCAUUGAAGAGAAUGACAAGUAUCAGAGACACUUAGGCAGCUUAAUAAAUAAGGUUACAUCGUAUGAAGAAAUUAUCAAAUGUGCUGACCAAAGGCUCGAGGUAUCCCAUUCCCAGAUUGUGCAUUUGGAAGAGAGAAAUAAGUAUUUGGAAGAUUUAAUUAGAAGGCCCACAGAGAGAGCCAGAAAACCAAGACCAAGAUCAGAAAACCAUCCAAAGUCCAUGACCUCGUUAGGUUGUCUGGAUAUACAUGAUAAAGACUGGUAUAUUUCCAGGUGACUUACAGCAACGUAAGACACGACCUCAUUCCUGAAGUUACUUCAGCAGUGACCGGCUGCACUCUCCGUCCUCAAGGGUGGCCUCUUCUGCCUCCUGUCCUAUUUGUCCUGUAACUUUCUUGUCUCAAGCUUUUCUUCUUUGGGGCCCCUCACCUUCCUUUCAAGUCCACCUCUCUUUUCCUCGGGGCUUGGGUAGUCAGUGCCUCCCUGGUGUUUCUGCCUCCCAUUUGCUCCCUGUCCCCCAUCCUCCACGGUGGACAGGGUCAUCUUCAGAAGCAAAACAUGACCUCCCAGCAGCAUGGCAUUCCCACCUCCCCGGCAGCUGCACCUAACUCCCUCCAGAUGCCUAAAUGCUCUGGUUUUUACCAGGGAAUUGAACUUGGGCCCUUGGGCUUGCGAUGCAGGUAGCAGAACCACUGAGCCAAAUCCCGGGCCCUCUGCACUGAUACUGUGGGGCCCAUUAUGGCCCUGGGCUGCUCCCGUUACCUACUAUGCUCCUCCCCAGCUUUUUCUCCUCUGACCUCCCUCUGUCUCCGAGGGACUGACUCACUGCCUCCCAUGUGCAUGCAUGGAGCUCUUGGCGUGCUGACAUCUCUGGGCAGCCUUACAUUCUCCGGUUUGAGCUCUUCCAGGGUGAGCAUUGUCUCAGAAGCAUUUCCAGAUUUCUAGGUGCCCUUCCCAUUCUAAGUAGUGUGAGCUUUGAGAAUAAGGCCAAAGCCGCACCCUCCUGUUAGAAGAUACAGCUGCUGAUGCCCCUGGCCCACCUGGAUGUGUUUCGGGAACAUCAUGGCCUUUUGAAAUUAUUUAUUUAUUGAGGCAGGGUCUUGCUAAGUCAUUAGGUACCCAGGCUGGGUUUGAACUUGGGACCCUCCCACCUCGGCACUCUCCCCAGCUACCACACCCUAUUUGUGACACAGCUUUGUGGAAGAAGGGAGCAAUCAAAACAGGGUGCCUCCCACCGAGACCCAGUUCCUGGUGUUCCCCAGUGGGGGAAAGGUGGAAAGGAUGCCAAAAAUAAUGAAUUGAAACCAAGUAGGGCAUUAGCUGUGGAGUUCUUCUAUCUAUAUGUAGGGGUUCUCUCCAUCCUUUUUCCAUGUGUAAACAAAAACUAGCAGUUCAGGAAUUCUGACACUUAUGGAAUGUUUUUCUUCUGUGUGUGUGUGUGU